CUUAAAUCACCUAUUGUGGACCGACACUUACGCGUCGCAUCUCUUUCUCAUGAUUGUAACUCAUUUGACACUUUUCAAACGGGAUGUGCUUCUGAUUGAGGAUUGAAAAGGAGAAAGAGAAAAUUGAGCAAUGAAUAUUGCUCGAAUGUGCAAUUAAUAGAAAGCUCAUCUCACGUGCUGGAUAUGUGGCAUAUGACAGCAUAGCUGGUAUACGAUGGCAGAGUGUAAAUAAUUUUCAAAUAUAUACAGAAAGUAUCCCCAUGUGAAAAGAAAUGUUAUGUGAUACGAUAUGCGCAAGAUCGCGUUAUGAAAAGAGAUUGUAGUAAAAUAAUAUUUUUUUAUGUUUGUAAAUGUCGUACAUACACACAUAUGCAAACUUACAGUGAUAUCGAGCGAGAAUUUUGUUACAUAACCUCAAUUUCAAAAAUUGUAUGCAGUGUAUAUAUGUUAAAAUGAAUAGUAAUUCCAUUGCAGACAGCCCUGGCUCGAAAGCUCUUGAAGCUGUCAAAAACAUCAAGGAUGUGGCUAUAUUUAAGAAACCUAUUGGAUCCGCUAAGAGGAGCAAAAAUGCCCAACCAAAGAUCUUAGAUGAGGAUACAUAUAUUGAAAAAAUGAGCGAAAUUAUUCAAAGGGAUUUUUUUCCACAUUUGGAAAAGCUACAAGCACAGAAUCAAUAUCUGGAUGCUUUAGAGCAGAAUGAUACUAAUAGAAUGAGAGAGCUGUACGCAAAAUAUAGCUCCGGUCGACCUGUCACUGAAAGACCGAUUAGUCCAGCUACUUUUGAAACUCCAUUGCGCAAAACUGAAUCAGACGAUGACGUAGGGUCUAUUUCUGAGACGUCAUCACAAAAAACAUCCAUCGAGUCUGUAACAAGAAAUGAUAAGACUGAAAGUAAAACCGGUCUAGAUGAUUAUUUGAGCACUCAUACGAGCGAAGAUAACGCCAGUUUUGAAGAAAUGAUGGUUGAGGCUGAAAGUAAACGCAAACUCAAGUAUGCCUGGCUUUAUGAGGCCGAGGAGAAAUCGAAAGGAUGGCUCGCUAUCGAUGGAUCCACAACUGACAUCCCAGCUGUUCAAGGAUCAAAUAUCAGACCAAAACAAGUGGAUAGUUGGGCUUACAAGAAUAAAAAUUAUAUUAUGUAUAUUCCCGAUGGAGUGGAACUUACGGCAGAGGAAAAAAUAGAAUUAGCUAAGAGGAAACAAACUGUAAUGCAUGAAAAUACAAGAUUGAGGACAAACCCAUUCAACGAACAACAAAACAAAGAGACUAUUAAUGAAUUGGCCAAAUCGCAGUCCAGAGCUAAUGACGGCAAGAUUGGUGUGGAUGGCAAAGAAGUUGUCAGAACUGCGACGCCACGAGUAAAUGGUUUUAGUUUUGUGACAACGCCAAGCCCGAGGCCGGGGGAAUGCGAAAGUCCAUUGAUGACGUGGGGUCAGAUCGAAGGGACACCCUUUCGAUUGGAUGGUGGUGACACUCCAUUGCUGAGGACAAGUCAGGGCCCCUCCUUCAGAAUAGCGGAACCACCAAAAAGAGAGCGGCUAGCAUUACAGUUGGCUGAGAAGGCUGGCGAGAGACAUAGAGACCGAAAAAAUAAGGCCUUAGAAGCAGCCAGAAAGUCGUUAGCCACUCCAUCGCCAAGGUCGACUAUAGAUCGUCUGAGCACUAUGUCCCCCGCAGCAAGAAGGUUAGCGACUCAGAAACUCCGGAUAUCGGGUACACCCUCUCCUCGACGAACACCAUCAUCCAGAACUCCAUCUGUAGGCAUCAGAACAUCUGGCACGCCACGCACGAUCACAUCGGCUGAAGAAGUCAUUUCGCAGAAAUUGGCGAUUAAUGCCACGCGGAUACAAGGACCUGUGCUCACUGAUAAUUUACUCAAUCUACCUCCACAGCGGCAACGAGCGUCGGAUUUUUUCAACAAAUGAGAAUAUUUGUAUCAGAAAAUCAUAUAUGCGAAAUGCUUAAAAUGCUUCUCGUGUGUAGAAAUCAAACGAUAUAUGUAUAUAAUUACAAUAAUGUAUAGUAUAACAAAUAUAUCUAUAUAAAAGAGACGUACAUUAUAUA